CAUUCACUGUACUCGUAACAGCUGAGCACACACCACGGCUCUACGGGUAUCGUACCAUACACACGGAUCGACAACCCCACACUCCUCCCAGGCAUCACAACACAAUCUUUCCUGCCCACCUCCUUCGUCACCCGUUCGACCGCUUCAGCUGCAGCUCUCGAUCGUGUGCUGCUUCACCUCCAGAUCACCCUCAUUACUCUACACGUCUUGCGCCGUGCUACUGAAGCCUCGCCCUAGUCUACGAAGGCCCCACUCCCAACCCCAACCACGUCAAACGGAUAUCCAGAUAGGAAGAAACACCGCUUGAAGCUGCCUACAAAGACGCCGUUACCAUGUCUCUGGAGUCUGCACUCGACGAGGAGAGAAGGGCGGUGAUGGAGCUACUGGAAGGAAGGUCCAUGGCUCCACGACCAGCCCGGCGAGACGGUAGCCCUCGUGUCGGUUCUCGCGCUCAGAGCCCCGCUGUCGCAGUAUCACCCAUGCGCAGCAUGCUCGAUAUCGAUGACCCUCCCUCCUCACCGGGCGGACGCGCCGCCUCAAUUUCCUCAGGCUAUCGCAGCAUGCUUGAUACCUCGUCUCCACCUCCCAGCGGUCUACGCAACUCCAGCCGCGGCCCAAUGCCCUCCUCUCCACCACCCUCCGCCCGCAGCCUCCCAGGGUCCUCCGUGAACCCAGUCUCCGCCUAUCAGUUCGAGAUGCUUCCUACCAUCGAGGCUCAUUCCAUGCCGAAGCGAGUCACCCAAGGUGGUAAGAAGAACAAGCAGCGUGCCAUGGCGUCAGUAUACGGUGGAUCUGAAACCGGAGGGUCCUCGCGAGGAGAGCAGCGACAAAGCUCUUUUGGCGGAUUGCUGGGAAAGAAAUCAGGCUCUCCUGGGCCCGGCAGGUCUCAGUCGCCAGGAGGCAGAAAGCUGAAUACCAAUUCCUUCAACCUGAUGCCCACACCCGGAAAGUAUGUCACCGAUACAGGAAAGGUGGUGGACAUGUCGAGCGCAUAUCGCAGAUUGUCCGACGCUGCAUUGCUCCGCUCGGGUGGCACACUUUCGAAUUUACCAAGUCGUAAAGGAUCGGAUCCGACAAGAGGAGAGUCGUUGGCUCCCGGCGGCGGUGUUCGCCUGGCCACGGAUGAUUUUGGAGACGAUGAAGAUGCAAUCGAGUCGAGCGACGACUACGAAUCUGACGGCAGUUCAGAUGGUGAAGGCUGGGGAUCACAGAAACGACGAGGAAGGCGGCGAACACGACAGAAUAACGGUUCGGAAAAACAUGGCGGAGAACCGAGAAUUACGAAGAGCUUGUUGGCAGCCGCGGAAGAAGAGCGGAAAGAACAACAAUCAUCCUAUAGGGUCAAAUCGUUGCUCGAACCAACGAUCAAUGUUACAGGGCCCGAUGGCAAGCAGAUGGCUAACAAGAAGUCUGGUGUACAUCCAAACACCAACUUCGACCAAGGUGGAUCUGGAUUCUCAACACCAAUGAGCUCUGACACCGAAGCCGACCUGUCAGAGGUGAAGGCUGCUCAGCAAAUGGCUAUGAACAUUUCUCCAAUUCAUUCUAGCCCCGAGGCUCAUCGAUGCGUUCGCCAGAUUCUCCGCGGAAAGUACGGACAGUUUCAUGACGAUGCCGACAAUGGCCUCCGACGCCAACGAGUCUAUUUGGUUGCAACUGAUCUCAGUGAGGAGGCGGCUUAUGCCCUGGAAUGGACCAUCGGUACCGUUCUGCGCGAUGGCGACACGCUAUUGGCAGUGUAUGCUGUGGACGAGGAGAUUGGUGUAGGAGGCGCAGACGGCACUGGUGUUGCUAUCGGUGGAGGUGCUACGGCCCAACAGGAGACCGACUCACUCAUGAAGACGCUCUCCAAUACGAAGGGCAUCUCGGAAGCGCACAAGCCAUCUCCGCUACAGAACAGUGUGUCAGCUUCAGAAUCCGAUGUAAACGCCAUGAACAAAGCAGAGAAGGAGCGUUAUCAGGCGGCUGUUGAGGUUUCCGAUCGCUGCGUGAAAUUGCUCAGGAAGACUCGUUUGCAGGUUCGGGUCGUGGUCGAAGUUUUCCAUUGCAAGAGCCCGAAGCACAUGAUUACAGAAGUGAUUGACUUCUUGGAGCCAACGCUUGUAAUUCUAGGAUCAAGAGGUCGAAGUGCGCUCAAGGGUGUUUUGCUUGGCUCAUUCAGCAACUAUCUUGUCACGAAAUCCUCCGUUCCAGUCAUGGUCGCACGGAAACGCCUACGAAAGCACAGCAAAUACAAGCGAAAGAACCUCCGACUAUCCAAUGUGCUCACCAACCCGACGGGCAGACUCGCAAACGCCAAGGUGGACUGAUGUUUGUGUAUUUGGUUUGGUGAUUUGUCACGAUGUUUCAAGAUAACGAUCUCUAUAAAUGGAAAAGGGAAACUUGAGGUUGGGGUUGGGGUGGGAACAUAAAAAGAAAAACAAGAUGGGGAAGAGAUGCGAAACAAUGACGGUUUGGCGAUUGGCGAGGACGUGUCUCGGCAGCCCUCGUGAUGUUUAUGAAUGCACACAACAGUUCGGAUUGGGCUGUCGUACCGUGCUUUUUUAUUUUCUAUUUUUGGUGGCUAGAUUGAUUCACGACACGAUCUGCGCCAGAUGGAACGCACUUCCUUCCAUCAAUCUCGAAUUGUUUCCGAAGUCUCCGCUCGCGAUAAUCCUCCAUACAUCCAUAGCAUAGUGUCUGAUGAUGUCA